AUAGACUGGCUGAUAGGAGUGAAAUGACAGAAUCCAAUUCACUUUCUUUGGGGAACGCAGUCCUCACACUGGAGAGCUCAGAAGAAAACAAUGGCGAGGUAUCAGAGGAAGAUGCAUAUAGGUUCUUUUGCCAUCCAUUUUGUGAGGAAGAAAGCGAAUCAAGUGAUUCAUUUGAGACAGAUUCUGAUUUCAUUGUUGACAUUGAGAAGAAACCCCUGGUCUCAGGUGUAAUAGUGUGCACUGAAGUGGACCGAAGGCGUUUGUAUGUACCACUGGACACAGCAGUGGAGUUGGAAGACAUUCUUCCAAAGGGUACUGAGCCACGUUUUUUGGAUGAUGAAGGAAUAUAUGUUUGUAAGAGGAUUCAAAUGCCGAGGAAAAUGUAUGACAAAAUGUCUCACCGACUUCUUGAUCAGCAUAAGGGAGAGUGCUGGUUUGGAAAAGAUGGGUGUUUGAAUACACUUCCCAACCCGAUGAAGAAUUACUGGCAAGCUAAAAUAAAUUUCCCAUUUCCAAGCAUCUCUGCUGGUUUGACCACUAAGUACAUUAAACCUGUGGUGGUUGGAGGUGGCUCAGAGACCAAGCCCGCUACCAGCUGUUGGCAGCUCGACCUGAACUUAAUAGGGCUCCAGUUCACCCAUCACCCCCUGUUCAGCCGUGAGCAUGUAUUGGCUAGCAAGCUCCUGGGACUGUGUGAGAGCUACAAGAACAGAGGGGGUAUAGACAAGACUAUUUUCCUACAGGAGAAGGUGCUCCUGCUCAAAUGCUGCUUGUGUAUAUUUAGCUGA